AUGGCUCCAGAGAAAACAGCAUCCACCAAAGCCCAGUUAAAGGACAAUGUGUUUGUCAGACUCCUAAGCCUACCUGCAGUGAGCUCUACCUGUGAGGUUAUUGAGAGGACCUACACUAGCACCAAGCAGACCCACCCGCUCCUCUGCUCUGUGUGUGGGGUGUAUGAGAGGGGGGCCAGGACCGCGAGCAGUCUGGCAGUGUGGAGCAUCCAGCCUGCCAUCGACCGACUGGAGACCCAGCUUGUUGCUGCCAACAAUCUGGCCUGUAAAGGGCUGGAUCAUCUGGAGGAGAAGAUCCCAGCCCUGCAGUAUCCCCCUGAGAAGCUGGCGUCUGGCAUAGUGGAUGCAGUCACCUCUACAGUGCAGACAGCUAAGGAGGGCAUCGCCAGCCCCAUCGCUGGCACCUCAGACAGGGUGCUCAGCAUGGCAUCCAGUUGGCUCCAGUUGACCAGGAGUGCCUUUGGUGAUGGCUUUAGCUACAUCCUGAACAGCAAGCCUGUCCACCUUGCAGGGGAGGGAGCAGACACUGCACUGACCCUGGCUGAGAGUCUGGUCAACUAUGUUCUGCCUGGAUCCUCUGAGGAGAAUGAGUCGGCUGCUUUGUGGGAGCAGGAGUCUGGUGUCAGUGCUCCUGGCCUUCCGCCCAGCUACAGGAGGCUUGGGGCUCUGGCCAGCACAGUGUGUCGACGUGCCUACAAUCAGACAGCAGCAACGCUCCAACACGCCAAGAGUCAAGGUCAGGACCUGGUCACACACAUCUCCGGUGUGUCUCCACUGACUGAAUAUGCCAUGAAGAACCUUGAGGCUGUGGAAACAGUGGGCCUGUUCUUUCAGAGCUCAUUGAUGGGAUUCUUCAGUUGGGAGGAGCAGAGAGACAAAGCGACAGAAGCAGAGUUUCAGAAGGUUAUGAACCCUUACAUCGUACCAGCCUUAGAGCAGAGUGGUGGUGGGCUGCAGCGCCUGGUGAGUGGCCUUGGUUAUCCUUUGCAGAUUAACUACAUGUCAGUUGUGUCCAGUGUGAAGAGUGCCCCUCAGACCACCUUUGGCUUGGCUAAGAACGGGCUGGGUGCCGUGUUGGAGACCUUGGGCAGCGCCCGGGAGCGUGUGGUGAACAGCAUCUCCUAUUAUGUUAUGAUUCCAGGGUUAUACUCCUACAAGGAGUCUGAGGCUGGCUGCAGUGCUGGAGAUGAGGAGGACGGGGAGCCCAAGAUCUCUGAUGAGGCCCGGCUCCUCAAGCAAAGGGUCCUGCUGCAGAUCCCCCAACAGCAGAGGAUGAUACUGGGCCAGUCCUACACAUCUAUCGUCACCCAGCGCAUCCCACAGAGAGGAGAGAUCGCUAUGAGGUCCCGAAACUCCUCGUAUACACACAAUGUGCAUUCCCGCCGCUACAGCCCCACCGCUAAAUACGUUGUCACUGUGGAGCCCAUUCAGAAGGAUACAACUCAAAUGGAUGACUAA